UGGCGUUGGCUGAACUUGACCUGCGAUCGCCGCGAGGCGGGAGGGUUGAGAGAGACGGAGAGAGAGAGACAACGGAGGCGAUGGCGUACCGGAGAAAGCAGCCGGUGGCGAGGGUGUCCACCUACGAUGACUCCCGAUCCACCAGCGCCGGCGGCGAGGAUGCCUCCUCGACCUCUUCAACUCCGGGUUCUCUCGCUGCCCGGGCGAUCCGAGCCUCCGCCGCCCACCGCGACGUCUCCUCCCUCUCCUCUGCCUACGGCGAGUCCGCCGUAUCCUCCCCUCGCCGCGAAUUGCACCCGCUCAGAUCGGCGCCUUCUCCCCAGCAAGAUUCUGCUUCAUAUGAAUAUACAUCAAUGAAAAGUUUGAAUGAGUCCAAAUAUGGAUUCUGGGGAACAUUGGCUAGGAAAGCGAAAACAUUUAUUGAUAAUGAUGAGACAUCCAAUCAAUUUCAAGGCAUUGAUAAGAAUCCACAUCAGACAGUUGACAGAUCAACUGGUGGCCAGCCAGAGAUUUUUCAGAAGACUGAGACAACUCAUAAACGUUCAGAUGCAAUUGGUUCUUCCAUUAACUAUAUUAGUGGCACAAUAAAAAAUGCUCUUGAGGAGGGUCUUACAAUUGUGGAGAGUAAAACAGCUGAUAUUAUCCAUGAAACACGUAAGCUCAAUAUAAGGAGAAAAGGAAACGCUGCCAAUGUGCAGAGUCAGGCUGCAGAAAACUUGGGUCAACGUUAUACCUCUCAGAUUCAAACUGAUUAUGAAACUCAGCUGAAGGCAUCUCGCGACGUUGCAAAUGCAAUGGCUGCAAAAGCCAAACUUCUUCUUAGGGAACUGAAGACUGUCAAAGCAGACUUUGCUUUUGCAAAAGAACGGUGUGCGCAGCUUGAAGAAGAGAACAAAGUGCUGAGGGAAAGUCACGAUAAGGGAGAUAACCCUGAAGAUGACGAUCUGAUUCGACUACAGCUGGAGACGUUGUUGGCUGAAAAGGCAAGAUUGGCUCAUGAAAAUUCUGUAUAUGCACGGGAGAACAGAUUCCUGCGAGAGAUUGUGGAGUACCACCAACUCACCAUGCAGGAUGUUGUCUAUGUGGAUGAAGGCAUCGAAGAGGUCACCGAGGUCUACAUGACCCCUAAUGCUCCCUCAACCCCAUCAUUUGCUGCAUCCGAAGCAAACACUGUUCUCGUCCCGACGCCACUAACUCCCACUCAUACGACCAAUAGCCCUACCUCUGUUCAUCCACCGUCACUAUCACCCCCCUCAAUUAUCAUACCAGAAGAUUGUCCCAUUGUCCCUAUCCCCCCUAUGCCCACUCCACUAUCAGAUCCUCUAAAAUCAGCUCCACCGCCUCCGUCUGCAGCAGGUGCUGGGUACUAGUAGGCGGCCAUCGAAUCUGGUGUGUGUGCCAUUUUUGCUCGUGUUCGAUGAGUGUGAUAUUUGUUGUUGCAUGUAAAUUGGAUUCCUUCACAUAUGUGCCAGUAAGUUUUACCACCAACCUGGUCAAAUGAGUUGUGUCGUUAGCAUUGUUGUUUGAUAUGUAAGUUAUGUUUUAUGGACUUGCACAAUGUUGUUGAUUCUUAUAGUGCUUCCAUGUGAUGCUGUACUAGUACCAGCUCACCAUCACUGAGCUCUCUAUUUGCAAUCAGAACAAAGCCGUUUCAUGUUGCUGCGUG